AAAAAGAUCCUGAAAAGUCUCGUCUUCGGUUCCUCCGAAAAGAAAAAACCCAAAUUAAAUCUUUUCUCGCCACUUCAAUCAUCAACUGAUAGCAGGAAAUCUCAUUAAACCUUAUCAAUUUGUGUGUGCUCGAUGUGUAAUUGGUCUGUUUUAUCUUGAAAACUCAAGUUUGUUAAAUUUCGGAGUUAGGGUUUCUGAAAUGUACGAUGAUAAGGUGAUAGUCUAAAUGGGUUAUUUGAAGAACCAUGAUAAGGUGUCCAAAUUUCUUAUUUGAUCUUCAUAUUCUUUAUUUAACAGUGACUAGGAUUCCAUCUAUAGAGAACCAAUUGAUGGGGUUUAUUUUCCUUGUUUUUGCUCAAAUUUGUUGUUUUUUUUUUUACUCAAAUUUGUUCAAAUCUGUUGUUACCACUUUAUAUAUUUCAUCACUUACUUGCAUUCCUCCUCUUUACUCAUUGACAAGGAAUAAUACAUCAAGCUUCUUUAAAGAUUGCUUCCUAAGGACUCACUCGCCAACUGUGAGGUUUCAUUGGCUGAUCUUUGAGGCAAUGAGGAUCAAGUGUGCAAGAAGUUCAGACUUAGAGUUGAGGAUGUUAAAAGAAAGAAUGUUCUUACCAAUUUCUGGGGAAUGGAUUUUACCACAGACAAGUUGAGACCUCUUGUAAGAAAGUGGCAGACAUUGAUUGAAAUGCAUAUUGAUGUCAAGACAACAGACAACUUCACCUCGAGGACAUUCUGCAUUAGAUUCACCAAGCAGCGAGACAAACAAGUCAAGAGAACCUGUUAUGCCCAAUCUAGCCAGAUUCGAGAGGUGAAGUUAUGUCUUUCGAUUUCAACAUUUUCUCAAGAUUAUUUCAUCGUUCUGCAGUAUAUUCACCAAGCAGUCAGACAAACAGGUCAAGAGAAUUUGUUAUGCUCAAUCUAGCCAGAUUCGAGAGGUGAAGUUGGGUCUUUCGAAUUCAACAUUUUCUUAUCAUUUCAUGUGAUUCAUGUGUGUAAGAUUCUUCUGUGACCCUAUUGGAAGAAUAGGGAAAUCAUGGUAAACCAACAUUUUCUUAUUAUUUCCUGAUUGUAUCAUCUGUACUUUGUGUUGUCGGAUUCUUCACAAGAUGGCUGAAAUCAUGGUAAACCUGGCCUCUUCAUGUGAUCUUAAA